AUGUCUCUGGGGCUGGGGCUGGCGUGCGCGCUGUUCAUCCUGGGCACCGCCCGGGCAAUGGUUCCCAUCCAGUGCGGAACCCCGGCUCACAUGAAGAGGAGAGAGUGCUGUCCCACCUUCUGGGCUGACGGCUCGCCGUGCGGGAUAAAUUCAAACCGCGGGCGGUGCCAGGACAUCACCAGAGAGAGCCCGUGGCAGCGGGAGGAGCGGGAGAGGGUACACGGCGGCUCACGGGACUUCCGCCUGUGGUGGCCCACCUACUUCUUCCGGCGCCUGUGCGUGUGCCGGGGGAACUACGGGGGCGCCGACUGCAGUGAGUGCGCCUACGGCUGGUGGGGGGAGAGGUGCCAGCUCAGGCACACGGUCACCCGCCGGGACAUCGCCGCCCUGCCCCUGGCCGAGCAGCGGCGCUUUGUGUACAGGCUGCACCUGGCGAAGGUCACUCUCAGUCAGCGCUACGUCAUCUACGCCAGCGAGAGUCACGCCCCCGGCUCCCCCAUGACCUUCCGGCGCGCCAGCGUCUACGAUGUGGCCUCCUACCUGCACCACGUCGCCUCCAAGCACAUCGGCUCGACCGAUACCAACUACGGGCACCGCGGCACAGCGUUCCUGAGCUGGCACAGGCUGCACCUCAUGCACCUGGAGCAGGAGAUCCGCAACAUCACCAGGGACUACAGCUUCUUCAUUCCCACCUGGACCUGGGCCGGGCAGACCCACUGCGACGUCUGCACCGACCAGCUCUUCGGGGCCAGCCUCCCCGACGGAAGACUCUCCCCGGGUUCGAUAUUCAGCACCUGGAGGAAAUUCUGCGACGAGGCCGGGAGCCAGCUGUCGGAUUUUCGCCAGGUCUGUUCGCCGGUUCCCGGCGGUCCCAUCGUCCGACUCAACCACAACCAAGAGCUGCCCACCUGGAGCGACGUGCGGAGCUGCCUCCAGCUGCGGGCUUUCGACACUCCUCCCUACGACACCACCGCCACCUACUCCUUCCGGAACAUGCUGGAAGGUAACAUCGACCCACAGGAUCCGUCCCGGAUAAAACGCAGCAUGCACAACCUGGUGCACAAUUACUGCGGUGGCACCCUGGAGUUCUCCAGCGCGGCCGCGAACGACCCCCUGUUCGCUCCGCUGCACGCUACUGUCGACAAGCUGUUCGAGAUGUGGCUGAGACGACAUCCUGGAACGGGUUACCCGACAGGAAAUGUCCCUUUCGGGCACCAAGCGAGAGACAAGGUGGUCACCUUCAUCCCAAUCUAUGAAAACCGGGACAUGAUGAAGAGCUGCCGCGAGUUUGGGUACGACUACGACUACACAGAGUGA